UUAGCAAGGGUAAGAAGCCACAUUCCGAUCCGAAGCAGCUUAAAAUGAAAAUGUUGGCGACAGUUUUAGUGUUAACCCUCUUUACAACGCUUGAUGCUGUGAAUCAACAACAGGUCAACCCAUACGAUCCUGGCAUUUGCACUGCAGAUAAGCGAGGAAAAUUUGUGGUUGUGAAAGAUUACAAUGAUGAUGAUAAUAUUGUGGCCUGUGUUCAACACGAUGGAAAAUAUCAAUGGGACAUGAUCAAUGGUCAUUCGUAUGGCAACUAUUUUGAUCCAGCGAAAGAUUGUUCUGCUGUUGUGGACAAUGUUCCAAAAGCGAAAAGCGGACCUUACUGGAUUCAAACACGAAAUGGUCCACAAAAGUCAUGGUGCGAUGUUGAAACAGACAGAGGUGGGUUCUCGUUGAUUGGCGUCAAAGACACACCAGAAACCUGGGCCAUUCCUUCCAACGCUUCUUUCAUCCACCCCCACGGUGAGCCAAUGUGGUCAAGUGCAUUUGGUGAGCAAGAAAUCUUGGAUUUUCGAGUUCAAAUUUCCACCUCUAAAGAUUUUCGCGAUACACGAGCACAAUGGUAUUAUCGUUUCAAAUCCCCUCGUAUUCUAUCGGAGUUGCUCAUGUCCAACAAAGGAGGAUGCAGUCAUCGGUACCCAGGCAUUGGUGAUGUCGCCUUCGUUAAAGAUCUCAUGACUGGAGAAAUUGCGACAAGAAAUUUUAAAUGUUCGCGAUUCGGAAGUGCAAUUGCACCAGGACUAGGAUGGAGUAAAAUGAACCGAUGUUUCAAACAAGAUUGCACGGAUGGUUUUGCCUAUAUUUUGAAUCAUCAUAUUGAUACAUCAGGCUCGUACAGCUACAGUGUUUUGUCUGAACGUUCCGGUAUUCAGGACAAACAAACGUCAUUUAUUGGCUGUGAUCACGGAGAGUGUUGUGCUUGUUUUGGUCCUGACAGUAAGAAGGAUUACUGUGCUCCAAGAUGUCAAGCAAUCAAUGGCGGGACUAUUUUAAAGAAAGAGGACAAUAUCACAGUUUGGUUUUGGAUCCGUUCAUCUUUACCAAAACGUGUUUGGAAAAAAUGCAUGGAGUUUAAAGAAAGAAACAAUGCAGGGAAAUUGGAAACAUGGCGUGUGGAAGACGGAUUACGAAGAAAGGGUCCUUGUUCGUAUGGUGAAGAUGUCACAAUCAAUGAUGGGGUUGCAGUGGUUCCUGAUGCUCAAUCAAUGAACAAACUCCCAAAGAUUGAAGGUCUUCUCUCCUAUCGAUCUGAUGACAGGGAAAUGUAUUUUAAAGAAAGAUCUCGGUGGAAAGCUUUGGCCACUCAGCAGGAUAUUGAAGGUGUCAUCGGUAGACUAACUAGACUUGAAAGUUUUAAACGGGCAGUAGAAAGUUUCAAACGCGUGACCAAUAAUAAGUUUGCAAGCGUAACGAAAGAUGUGAAUGUGCUGACUCAUUCAUCGUGCAAACAAAUAUGGAUGAGUCAAAGCAACCGUGGUAGUGGUGUUUAUCAAAUUAUUGUUGGACGAAAUCAAUUGAUGAACGUCUAUUGUCGAAUGUCAUCAAUCUCAGGUUGUUCUGGUGGAGGAUGGACGAUGGUGAUGAAAAUUGAUGGGAGCCAGAGUACUUUUGAAUACAGUUCUAGUCAUUGGACCAACAAGAUCACUUUCAGUGACAAUUUUUAUGGAAGAAUCGGAGGUUUUGACAACCGAGAAUUCAAAGGAUCAACAUAUUGGAAAACUUCAUUCAAUGAAAUCUGUGUCGCGAUGAAAUAUGGUGGUCAACUCAGAGCCCUCUCUUUCUCGUAUCCAGCAUCGUCCUUGUAUGAUCUGAUCGCUGACGGUGAUUAUCGUCAAACUCACGUUGGUCGCUCUCAAUGGAAACAGCUUAUCCAAGGAUCAUCUUUACAGCGUAAUUGCAACAGAGAGGGACUCAACGUGUUCUAUAGCGGAGCCACUGUUAAGGUUCGGUUGGGAAUCAUUGCAAACCAGCAGAAUGACUGCAGAACCCCUGACUCUUUCAUAGGCCUGGGUGGUAACGAAAGGCCGUGGGUUUGUAGCAAAAUUCUAUCUUCCUAUAACAUCGCUGGCAAUGUUGCUUCGUGUUCCCCAGACAACGGAGACAAGAACUUGAAAGCAAUGGGAUACAUACUGGUCCGUUAAAUGUACAACGCUCGCCGGAUUUGAUUAAUACCUUUAAAUUGGUCAAUGGCAAUUAACUGAUUUUUUUAUCAUGCAUAACUAGUAGAGAAGUAAAAAAGUUAUUUUUGCACUGAAUUUAGCAUUUUGAUUCCUUCUUUUUUCUAAAUCUUUAGUUCAUAUAGCCAGUGACAUCGUUUUCACCUGCACGUAUAAUCUCAUUUUGUAAAUUGUGGAUAAAACUGAAAUAUUAUUGCCAUGUUAUCUGGCUCGUUGAUCUAGAAAUAAACAACUUUUU